AUGCGUUUAUACACAUGUGCAGCCACUGUGGCUACCGCAUCCCUCUUCAUAUCCUCUCUCGCUGUCCCAACCCCGGAGAACACCUCUUUGGUUCGAAAUUCACCAGCCGGCCGAAUUGAAUCGCGCGAGGACAAGAAGCCCAGCACAAAGUACUUCCAUGAGCCUGGAGGCAGCCUGACACUCGGCCACUAUGACAAACGCUACUUCAAAGGCAUUGUAUCCGACGACGAACGGACUGACACCCAAAAACAUAUGAUCCGUGCCUACUUGAACUUCUUCCGCGAAAACGACCUAGAUACUUGGAUCGCACACGGAACAUUGCUAGGAUGGUGGUGGAACGGAAAGCGUCUCCCCUGGGACUUUGAUCUCGACACCCAAGUCGCCGACGGCACACUACAGCACAUCGGCAGGGUCCACAACCAAACAAAGUACCCAUACGUAUCCUACGACGGCACAGUACAACGAGAGUACCUUUUAGACGUCAACCCAUGGAUAUGGGAGCGCGAACGUGGCGACGGCGCAAACAUCAUCGAUGCACGGUGGAUCGAUACCCGCAACGGUCUUUUCAUCGACAUCACGGGGCUCAGCGAAACACACCCAAAAGAUCGUCCUGGCGAAUGGGUCUGCAAGAAUUAUCACCGAUAUCAAACUUCAGAUCUGUAUCCUAUGCGCGAAACCAUAUUCGAGGGUGUCGUGGCUAAGGUGCCAUACAAUUACGACAAGAUACUCGUAGACGAGUAUCAAGAAAAGGCUUUGGUAGUGACCGAGUUUAAUGGGCACCGGUGGGAUCCGGCGAUAAGAGAGUGGAUCAAGUCGCAAGAGGUAGCUGACAAGGAAGAAGCAGAGCGCAAGAAGCAGGCAGAGGAGGCAGCAAAGAAGGCGGAGGAGGAGGCAGCAAAGAAAGCGAAUGAAGAGGCAAAGUCGGGCUAA